AUAAUAAUUACAUUAAACUGAAUUCUUUUUAACAAGUAAUAGCAUCAGUUAUUUGUGCAAGUGUGUUUUGUAAUUUAAUUAGGUCUUUGAAAUGGAAAAGAAUUUAGAAAAAAUAUUAGAUGACGUAAAUAAUACUGAAGGUAUUAUUGGUUGUGUCUUGGCUGAUCAUGCUGGAUUAUGUUUAGGAGCAAAAGGAAAUGCAUCUACUGAUAGUGCAGGAAUAAUUGCAGCUAUUGCUGAUCAAGUUGCAAAACUAGAACCUACAUCACCAGCUCCAAUUAUCUCUCUCCAAAAUGAUAACAGGAAAUGCCUUAUACAACGCCAAGGUGCAAUAGUAGGUGCUAUUUAUACGGAUGUUUCUGUAUAAGAUAGUUC